GAAGAGUAUUGCGGGAAAUGAGUAGAAUAUUUUGGUAGACUGAAGGUACAUGCUUCCGGCGUAUGUUGGGUAAAUAAACUUAUCAAAUAGGGGAUUCUCGUCGUGCUUUGCUAACCUAUGAAAAUUUGGGUCUGAGCUCCCCGUUGUAAAUUAAUAUCUCUUCGACAGUUCCGUUUGGAUGAAUUUACACAAUGAUUGUCUCUAUUUUUCAAGAUUCACUUGAUAUUGUUUUAAAAUCAGCGAAAUAGAAGAAAAUCGUGAGAAAGCUUUAGCAAUGUCAAGAAAGUCAUGAAAAAGCUUUGGAAAUAUGUGCUUUUAUAUUCGUGAUGAACCUUGUUUGUACGACCCGUAAGCCAGGCUUGGACGUGAGAAACAAUUGAUGUGGUCGUGAAACAAAAUUUGAAGAAUGUCAUCUGUAAACGGUGGAAGUAAUCCAGCAGUUCGUGUGCCAUUUGUGAAUAAUGUUAUAUUAAAUGAUACAUUGCAGUCACAACGUGAAAACAUUGUGCCAAAUGGUAAUGUUUCGUUCCAGCCAAAUCAGGGGUCUGAAACGCAACGUGAAAGCAACAUGCGUGGAAACGUAAGAAGGCUUCGUGUUGAAGAUGCAUUAUGUUAUUUGGAUCAAGUGAAACAGCAGUUUGCGGAUGCACCAGAUGUCUAUGUUAACUUCCUCGAUGUUAUGAAAGAUUUCAAAUCCCAAGCCAUUGAUACGCCUGGUGUAAUAAAGCGGGUUUCACGUUUGUUUCGUGGUCGACCCAAUUUAAUCGUUGCGUUUAAUACAUUUCUGCCACCCGGAUUUGAUGUUUCCGUUGACGGAAUAAAGGUUAUCAUAACCGAACCAAAUGGUCGUAGACAAGUUAUUAAUGAAAAUCAUCCUGAAUUAUCCUCACCCGAAGCACCAGAAGCAGCACAAAGUUCUCAGAUGACAAGAGCAAUAUCUUCGGUUGAGCCUCUUGCGGAUGUUAACGAAGAACCAUUAUUAGCAGCAAGUGAAGCCAGUGCGUCAGAUCUAGGUCUUACAACAGAACCAAUUAUGACUGAACAACGGGAAAGUGAACUUACAUUGACUGCUACAGAUCCUCAGCCUAGUACAGUUAGGCCUAUUGCUUUUUUGUCACGUGUCACCACUGCAACCUAUCAGGGUGCUGUAAUGUACAGAAACAAAGUAAUGGCUCGAUUCGAGGAUAGACCUGAAAUCUAUCAUAAAUUUCUUGAGAUCCUUCAACGACUUCAUCGAGUAACACAGGAAGGAGGAGUCAUUCAAGGAUAUAAACGAGCUGUGGAAGCAGUCCAAGUGCUUUUUGAAAAUGAUGUGGAUUUAGUGCAAGAAUUUAAGCAGCAAUUUCAACCGAGCUCUUCUGGAUAUGGAACAUCUAGCUUGUCCUCCAUUGCGCUUCGCGAUACGACCACUAAAGAAAGAAUCCAGAAGAGUGGAGAACGCAACACUUUCGUCGUUUCUCCUCAACCUGUUUGUGUUCCAAAAGUUCAGAAUCUACAAGGAAUGAGUCCAGGAAAACGUACCGCUUCUAUAUAUUCUACAACAGCAGCCAAGAGAGCGAAAUUAGGGUGUAUUAAUAUGUUGACCUAUGAUACAAAUGUUGAAGAAGCAGUCAAAUUCGGUACUGUUGAAGAUUAUCUUUUCUUUGACAAGGUACGAAAAGCUUUAAUUGAUAAUGGCGUACAUGAAAACUUUCUGCGAUGCCUUGCUUUAUAUAAUCAAAGCAUUAUUUCGAAAAAUGAACUUGUGGAACUUUUGACACCAUUCAUUGGACGUUUCACACUUUUACUGAAACACGUGAAAGAACUGUUGGGCUUGCCGGAUGUGCAUGGCGAUAGUCAACAGAACGACGAUAAGCAUCGGCGGCGACAAGCUCAAAUGAACGAUAAUGUGGAACUGGAACACAAAAUUGAUUAUGCUACAUGUCGAAGACUAGGUGUUAGUUAUCGAUCUUUACCGGAAUCAUACGAAAAACCACUCUGUUCUGGACGAACACCACUCUGUGAAUCAGUCCUCAACGAUUCCUGGGUUUCAUUUCCGUGUUGGUCUUCUGAGGACAGUUCAGCCGUCCAUUCGAAGAAGACACAGUUUGAAGAAUUCGUAUUUCGCACGGAGGAUGAACGUUAUGAGCUGGAUAUCGUUAUUGAAGUGAAUAAAACAGCUUUAGAGGUUUUGGAAAUGGUUCAACGGAAGAUGUUACGGAUGAAAAGUGAUGAAUUGAAGAGCUUUCGUUUGGGUCCUUCUUUGGGUGGUAGUUCUGAUUCGAUAAUGUUACGCGCGUUGCAGCGAAUAUAUGGGGAUCAUACCUUAAAGAUGUUGGAAGGAGCGAUGAAAAAUCCUCAUGUCAUGAUACCAAGACUAAUUGAACGAAUGCGGCAAAAAGACAUUGAAUGGCGUAAAAAUCAAGAAGUAUGUAAUCGCAUCUGGCGUGAAGAAACAGAAAAACAUUACGCAAAGAGUCUGGAUCAUCAAGCAGUAGUCUUUAAGCAAAAUGAUUUGAAACUACUUCGUGCGAAAACGAUCGUCAGCCAGUUCGAGAAUUUAUAUGAUGAGCGCGCUGAUCGAAAUGAUGAAGGUGAAUCGAUGGAAUAUGGGCCACACUGCAUUUAUUCGUAUCCGGAAGAUACACGUGUUCUAUAUGACGUUAACGAUUUAGUAAUACAUUAUGUGAAACGACAAGCGAAUAUUCAGAAAGAAGAAAAACGCCAUGCGAAACGUUAUCUGAAACGUUUUGUUCCGGAAUUAUUCAAUAUCCCACCCCAAGAUUUAAGUGAUGAGGAGGAAGUAGAAGAGCGAGAUCAUAUUGGUCAAAAUCUUGAAGAAGAGCAUAAUGUUGGACUGCAUACAGAUGAAACUCAAAACAUAACAUCAAAUGAAGAUGCGGAUUCGAAAAAUGCCCAGUCUUCAAACGAAAACGAGACUUCUACAUAUCGUCUUUUCUAUGGUGCCAAUACAUGGUGCAUAUUCAUUAGACUUCAUCACCUAAUGUGUGAUCGGUUGGCUUAUUUGAAGAGAAAACAUCGAGAAAUCAUCAAGAAUUACGAAGUAGAAGAGCGCAUACGGAUGGAACGUGAAUCUCUAAUAAACCGAUGUGUCGGCGACGGUGGAUCGCUGAAAUCAGUUGAACUGGACACCAAACUUGGUUUAUCUUUGCUGAAACCGGAUAGCCAAAGUCCGGUUAACUACUACAUUGCAUUAAUCAAUGAAGUCAAGAAUCUUCUGGAUGGUCUCAUUGAUAGUGUCGCUUUUGAAGAUAACGUCAGGAAGAUGUUUGGAACAGCUGCGUAUUUAACAUUCACAAUGGAUAAAAUUAUCAUAACGAUUGCACGGCAACUACAAAACAUGUCGUGCGAGGACGUGAACAUUGCUAGUAUGGAUCUGUACAAAAAGUAUCGUUUCGAACAUCCCGUCAGUUUGUACAGUCGAGACAAAAAUGAUGAAAAUAUUGAUGAUGCUUAUGAACGGGCUGCACAAGAAGUGCUCGCCAAUCAAAACUGUUUCAAGACUUUUUUCCUUCAUGAUACCCGAAGUGUUACAAUGGAACUAAUUGACAGUAAUGUCACUGAAGAAGGAGAGAAAGGUGACAGCGAUCAAGAAUGGAGCCGUUAUGUGCAUCAUUAUGUUGAGAGUCUUGCUAAUGAACUGUCGUCAUCAGCGUUAAGUGCGGAAGAUCAACAACAGAUGCUCGAAACUAUUAAUGAAAGGCCUCCUUUAUUUCUUAUGAAAUAUAUCAAAGUGGGGAUGGAUAAAUGCAGAAAGAAGGACGAUGAGACGAAUAAAAAGAAUGAAAAUGGAAAUGGAGAACAGAAAUUGGGAGAGAAUUUGCCAAAUAUUGCGAUGAGUGAGGACCUAAACGCAGUGUUUUCUCCAGCUGGAAAUUAUAAAAUGCGAUUUACUAAAGGUUCAGGCGAUCUGUUAAUAAGAAUUGGGGCGCCGCGUAAGGGGAUGGAUAAACACAAAAUAGUCACAGGACGGAGAAAAGACCGUUUUCUGGCGUGGUUAGAAGAACGAUUGUGCGAAGAUGGUGGUGAUGUGUUGGGUCCUCGAAACUGGCUUGCAGAUGGUUCGCGAAUAGUACCUGUGCGCCAUCCUGAUUUUCCUUAUAUCACUUACAAUCGUUACUUCUCUUCCAUUUCCAGUACUUCAUCAACUUCAUCAAACCGUAGUCAACGCUGAAAUGAUUGUAUGUUAUUUGUGAUACACCGUGAAUCGAUCAAAAUUCCGGUUUUUUUCCAGUGGUUUAAUGAAUUUGUAAUAUUUUGAUGGCAUUAGUUCUAGAUUGUUAGAUAAGCAGUCUAUAAAAAAUGAGCUAUAUAUUACAAUGUAUCUGUUUUGUUUUUACACCCUGUAACGGUCGUAAUCCA